AACCCAACGGAAUGGAAUCUUUCAACCCAUAUGCCUCAUUCCACUUGUACGAACACCCAUUGCAUUACACUGGAGGAUGAGGAGCGAUAGAGCGAGGUGUGAGGGCGGGGAGGGGGCCAGGGCAGGUGGAAAGGCAAGAAGUGCACGUACUGAGGAUCACGUACUGAGGAUCUUCUCAUCUUCUCCCCACUGCCGCCCGACCCGAUGAUAUCACCACACCGCCCUGCUCCUGCCAGCCAAGGAUCCCCCGCAUUGACAAUCAGACACAUUGUUCUCCCUCUUUCUUCUUUUCUCAUUCAUUCUUCGCUCUCAAGCCCUUUCAGGCAGUCAGGCAGCACCUUUUUCAACGAUCCUCAGCCGCUCCUCAAAUCACAAAGUACUCGUGUAUCCGGGCAUGUGGAUCUACCUGCCCACCAUGAAGCGGCACAACAGGGAUUGGCUUUUCUGCCUUCUGAUGAUGAAGUCAAAGAGCGAGCAUUAAGUGGUCAUCUUAUGCUGACCGUGCUUGGCCGGGUGGAAGGCUGUGCCGGACUACCCGUCAACACUACUGGGCUAGACUAGGCUUCCAGGUAAGCUGGGCAUCAGAUUGACUCCAGUGGUCGCGAUAGUCAGUCACUUCCUUAGUCAAGUUAUGAGUAACUUGACUAGUGAUUAGUGUCAGUGUCAGUGUCUAUAGACACUGAAACAGAUGGACGUCAGACGUCACUGCCGCUUCAUGCAUGUGGUUCGAGACCUCACCCACUAGUAGGUGUAGUAGUCGCAUACGUGAGGAGACCCCCGAAACUCGGCUUUCCCCUCUCUUGCCAUUCACAUGAAGCAUCAGUCAGUCAGUCAGUCAGUCAGUCAUCUUACCACGUAACCCGACAGAGCGUAUUUGUUGUCCAAGAAGUAGAGUAAGAUACGAGGUCGAUCCGGGGGAACGAGGAGGUACAGUGCACCACAGUACUACAGCCUCCCGCAUCAGCUGAUUGAAACAUGCUACCGAUGCUCUGGCCGUGGAGCUGGCGGAAGUGCAUGAAGAAUUGUGAAUUCAUGGUUCA